AUGGGUGGGAAAGAUUCAAUCAGCAAUCUGCCGGAUGAGGUCCUGGGCAAAAUCCUGUCUCUGCUUCCGACAAAGCUUGUCGUCUCCACAUGGGUUCUGUCCAAGAGGUGGAGGAAUGUGUUCCCUCUGGUAGACACGUUUGAUCAUCGACCAACAACAACUCCUGGAGGCCCUAGCUUCGUUUCUUUCAUUUCCAAGCAUAUUUUCCUCAAGCCUUCAACUCACAUCAAGAAAUUCUCUCUGACUUGUCAACCUGGCGAACAUUCCAACUGUUUGAUCCAAACUGUGUUGGAACGCGGCUGCUUGGAGCUACACGUGCAGUGCAAUCUCACCCAUUCUCUGGGUAUCAUUGUCUUUGAGAGAAACACAUUGGUUAAGCUCACACUAUCCGACGGACUUCACCUGUGUAAUCAUAAACAGAAUUUUGAUGUUCGUGUUGAUCUCGACCGGGCUCCGUAUUUCCCCUCGCUCAGAUCGCUUUCUCUCGGUGCAGUCUCGGUAGGUGCCGAUCUGUUCAAGCUGCUGAUUUGGCACUGCCCUGUCCUGGAAGAGUUAUUCAUACGUGAUGAUGAUGCUGACCUGUCAACUUGGCAAGGCUUCGUAUCAAGUGAAUCCCUCAAGCGGCUUGUCGUUUCUGUUGUCAACCUUCCCAAUGACGACGUUUGGCUUUUCGCACCCGCUCUUGUCUUCCUUGACUAUUCUUCUUGUGUCCCUUGUUACUUCGGUGAAGUGGUUUUGGAUUCGCUUGUCGAAGCUAGGCUGGACGUUCGGUUUUGGGAGUCACCUACUGAUGAUGAUGAUGACGAUGAUGAUGAUGAUGAUGUGUGUGGUUAUUUUGAUGGUGAUGUUACGAACCUCGUUGCGGGGAUAAGCAACAUAACGACCCUUCACUUGUCUCCUAACUCUCUUGAGGUGUUUCACUGGUGUUGUAAAACCAUGCCGGUAUUCAACAACCUCCUCCGUCUGUCUAUUGAGAGUGACAAGGAAAAAGGGUGGCAAAUAGUGCCUCUUCUGCUUAACAAGUCUCCAAACUUACAAACCUUGGUCAUCAAGGGUCUUGUGCACAAGGUUACAAAUGGAUGUGGGGACGUGUGCCCUUGCAACCCUAGUAAAAGGAGGAAGAAGAGGAAGAGGAUGAUGAAGGAAGAGGAAAAGGAAGUGGAAGAGGAUGAGGAUGAGGAUGAUACGUCUUGCUGUUUAUGGACCUGCCAAGUGAAGUUUCUUGAGAUUUCAGGGUAUAGAGGAACGCGGAGAGAACAUAAACAGAUGAGACAUUUCUUGGGGAAAUUGAAAUAUCUUGAGACUGUCAAUGUUGGUCUUCAUCAAGAAGUGAAGAGUCUUAGCUACUUGCGAGUCACCAGCGAUCUAAAGAAGCUUCGCAGUGUUUCGCCGACGUCUCAGAUUCACUUCUUGUGA